AUAAUAGGAGGACAAAAGUACUUUCAACCAUCUAAUUGGAAUUUUAUGCCCACCUUAUCUUCAUCACCAUCAAUAUCAGCAAUACCUUAAGAAAAGCAGUAGCUACAUUUUUGCUGAAAUCCAGUACUAAAUUGAACUCAAGAGCGUCUCCAAUGGUUCGUAACCGUUACUUAUUGGCCUUGACAGGCGUUGUAUUAUGUUCUUUUCUACUUCAAACUUUUCUCAUUUCCAACUCUCCGAUUGAUUAUCCGCAAGUCCUCGAAUUAUCUCCAUCCAGUUUGUCUCAUACUGAUUUGCCAUGGAACAACCACUUGCAGAGAUUGAUAAAACUUGGCGAAGGAUGCUUGAAACAACCUGAAGAUAUUACUGUGGAUAGAGAAGGUGUGGUGUACACAGCUACAAGGGAUGGUUGGAUUAAAAAGAUUCACACAAAUGGAACUUGUGAGGAUUGGAAGUUCAUAGGCGGUGACACGAUGCUGGGAGUCACUAUGUCAAUUACCAAUGAAGGCGAUAUUUUGGUGUGCGACGCUGAUAAGGGUUUGUUGAAAGUUAAUGAAGAAGGUGUAACCAUUCUAGCGUCAGAAGUUAAUGGUUCCAAAAUAAGUUUUGCAGAUGAUGUAAUUGAAGCAACAGACGGUAGUAUAUACUUCAGUGACGCUAGCACUAAAUUCGGACUCCAUAAUUGGUAUCUUGACACACUCGAAGCUAAGCCCAACGGUCGGAUUCUCAAGUACAAUCCUUCCACUAGAAAAACGACGAUACUGAUUGACGGUCUGUGCUUCCCCAAUGGUGUUGCUCUCUCCAGGGAUCAGCAUUUUCUUGUGUUCUGCGAAUCAUGGAGAUUCCGAUGUCUUAAAUACUGGCUGAAGGGGGAGAACAAAGGGCAGCUUGAAGUUUUCAUAGACAACCUUCCUGGUGGACCUGACAACAUCAAUCUUGCACCGGAUGGUUCUUUCUGGAUCGCGUUACUUCCGUUGGCGCCCAAGGGGCUUGAGUUUAUACACAAAUGGCCGAUUCUUAAAUACAUGGUUGCACAAUUUCCAACGCUUCCCGAUUCAUUAAGAGUCGGUAAGAGAUCAAUGGUAGUUAAUGUAGCAGCUGAUGGCAAGAAAAUCAUUAGAAAGUUUGAUGAUGAAGGUGCGAAAGUGAUACCAUUUCUUACCUCUCCUGUGGAAUUUGAAGAUCAUCUCUACUUGGGAAGUCUGGGUACCAACUUCGUUGGCAAGCUUAAGCUAAAUGAUCAAUUAGAGUGACAUACUCAAGGUUAUUGUAAAAAUGCGGUAACGAAUAAUGUCAUUAUUUUCGGGUCAAAUUUGAGCAUAUUUCAAGUA